AAGAGAGUAGGAGUUCUUAUUUCCUAGUCUUUACUCCACACACCACUCUUUUACCACUGCUUCACCCAACUUUCUCUUCCCACUCUCCACUCCAUUCUUCAUCUUCCUUUCCUAGGUAGUACCGGAUGAGGUUGUUGUGUUUAACGUUGUUGCUUCUGGCUAGUGUGACAAUGGGAGAACAUGCCCAUCAUAAACACUCCCUUAAAGCCACCUCACAUGCGCAGAUCCAAUGCACCAUGUGUUCGUCUUGUCAAAACCCCUGCAGCCAAGUUCCCCCGCCGCCGCCUCCCUCACCGCCACCUCCUUCCACCACAAACUGCCCUCCACCGCCCUCUCCUCCUUCCUCCGGAGGCGGUGGCGGAGGUUCCUACUAUUACUCCCCACCUCCACCCUCUCAGUACAUCUACUCCUCACCACCUCCACCAGCAUCCACCGGCGGUGGAGGUGGAGGUGGAGGUGGAAGUGGCGGAGGAAUCUACUAUUACCCUCCUCCCAGCAACGGAAACUACCCCAGACCACCGCCGCCGAACCCGAUUGUGCCGUAUUUUCCGUUCUACUACUACAGCCCACCGGCGGCGGGCUCCGGCGGUCCUGCCCCAUCGAGGGCCUCUUUUCUUCUCUGUGCAUUUACUCUCUCCUCCUUUGCGAUGUUCUUGCUUUGAUCGUAAAUGCAAGAAACAAGAAAAGAAGGGAUAUAGUGGAAAAUAACGGCGCAGAUUUGCAGAUCUAGAGAUUCUGAGGGAUACGAGAGCGAGAGAUGGAAGCGCUGGUGAAUUUCCCGUUCUGCCCUGCACACACCUACAGAACCCACACAUGUGAACACGCACGCGCAUCCUCUUAUUAUAUAAUACACGCUUUUUCUCUUUGGAUUUCUAGUACCAAUGUAGAUUUAUCUGCAACUUUUAUGUAUUAUUACUAGUAAAGUCUUCUUUGGUCAGUAUAAAAUUGAAAUAAAUUACACUUAUUCA